AUGGCCACAAGAGCCGUUCAUAUAGAAGCAGUAUCCGAUCUUACUUCAGAAGGUUUUUUGGCAGCUUUCAAACGUUUUGUUGCUAGACGAGGUCGUUGUAUUCAGUUGUGGAGUGACAACGGCACCAAUUUUGUAGGUGCUUCUAAGGAGUUGCGGAAUUUGUUUGCAAUUGAGAAAUCCCAAAUGCCAGUUGACAUUGCAUCAUCAUUGGCUAACAAUGGUACAGAGUGGCGCUUUAUUCCUCCUCAUGCUCCAAAUUUCGGUGGAGUGUGGGAAGCAGGCAUAAAGAGCACUAAACAUCAUCUGCGUCGCGUAAUCGGCGAUUCUACUCUUACUUAUGAAGAGCUGGCGACGGUCUUGGUGCAAAUUGAGGCGUGUCUCAAUUCGCGACCAUUGUCCGUGGCUAGCUCCGACUCAGGUGAUCCCAACCCGUUAACACCGGGUCAUUUUUUAAUAGGGGAGCCAUUGAUUAUGGCUCCGGAUAAUAAUUUUGAAUACGAGAAAAUUUCCAAUUUGCGUCGUUGGCAGUUAACCCAAAGGAUGGUCCAGCAUUUUUGGAAGCGUUGGUCCCAAGAGUGUCUAACCCAAUUUUUUCAAAGGUACAAGUGGAAAGGCAAGGUUCCCGAUAUCAAGGUAGGAGACGUGGUCUUAGUUAAGGAGGACAAUUUGCCUCCUGCGAAAUGGAUGUACGGAUUGGUGGUAAAAUUACAUCCGGGUAAUGAUGAGGUGACACGUGUUGUCACAUUGAGAUAUAGGGGUUCUCACAUACAAAGACCGACUUCGAAACUAUGUGUGUUGCCCGUUAGAGAAACAUAA